GCCACCACCGAGCGCCCUCUGCCGGCGACAUACCCGCAGCUGCCGCCUCGUUUGCUGGCGCUCAUUCGCCGCAAACGCGCACUGCGGAGACGCUGGCAGCAGACCCGCUGUCCGCGCAUGCGCGCAGAACUGCGCACCCUCGCCAAGCGGGUAAAGGCUGCGCUCGAGGACCACAGCAACGAGUCGUGGGAGCGCUGUCUCGACGAGGCCACAACAGAUUGGGUACGGCUGCACCGACUGUGCAGGCGCCUCAAUGGCGCAGCCGACCCGAUCCGCCCGCUGAGACACCCGGACGGAACGCUGCGCUACGAUGCCGAGGCGCGCGCCGAGCUGUGCGCAGACCACCUUCAGCGGCAGUUCUCCCCUAACCCCGCGGCGGACCCAGCACGCGCGUUAGAGGUCGAGAACGCCGUCGUCGAGCAGCUAGGCGCCCCUCCGCCGGCAGACGAAGAGGUGCUGUUCGUCUCGCCGAGCGCCGUCAAGCGACAAGCAGCGCGGCUCAAGCCCAAGAAGGCUCCCGGCCCGGACGGUAUCACAAACGCAGCUCUGCGUCACCUGCCCCAUCGUGUGGUGGUGACGCUCAUGCGUCUAUUUAAUGCGAUCCUCCGGACCGGGCACUUCCCCGAGCCAUGGAAAGAGGCCAAGGUCAUCAUGCUGCCCAAAAAGGGCAAAAAUAUUAUGGACCCGGCGAGCUAUCGCCCCAUCUCCCUACUAGCUACGCAAUCCAAGCUGUUCGAGGCCAUGCUGCUGCCGACCAUCAGGCGGCACUUUACUCCCAGGCCCGAACAGUUCGGAUUCCGGAGCGAGCAUUCCACGACUCUACAGCUGUCGAGGGUACUGAACGACGUUGUACGAUUUACAACCGUACAGGUAUUGCAAUGUAAAUGACACCAUGCAAUAUGAUUUGCUUGUGUGUUCAUUUACAUUAUAUCUUAUUAUAUUCACUAAAGUUAGUCGGCAUUCAGACCUCGUACCGGGCGCGACUCUUAAUCUCAUCUCACCCCACUAGUUUAGUCCAUUGCUCAUAAAAUAAAUAAUAAUCUUUAAAUAUCUUAAUAAUUUAUCCCAACCCCGAACAUUGGUCCUUCGAGCCAUUAGUCGUAUUUUUGGCAGGAUCAGGUCGCGUGUGCUUUCGCAAUAUUUUGUGCUUAGUGUGUGUGUUAUACUGAUACCUGCGUAUCAAAAGAAUACAUCUAGAACUACGAUUUAUGGAUACACCUCUUUUAUCCUAAUCACAUUGCCUAAGAAAGGCAAUAUACCUCAACAUUUGUACACCUCCUGACCUCGGUGCCUUAGGAAGGCACACUACAUCUCUUCACUUCGUGACCUCAGUGCCUUAGAAGGGCACUACAUCUCUUCACCUCGUGACCUCAGUGCCUUAGAAGGGCACUACAUCUUCACCUCGUGACCUCGGUGCCUUAGAAGGGCACUACAUCUUUUCACUUCAUGACCUCGGUGCCUUAGGAAGGCACUACAUCUCUUCACCUCGUGACCUCGGUGCCUUAGGAAGGCACUACAUCUCUUCACCUCGUGACCUCGGUGCCUUAGGAAAGCACUACAUCUCUUCACCUCGUAACCUCGGUGCCUUAGGAAAGCACUACAUCUCUUCACCUCGUAACCUCGGUGCCUUAGGAAGGCACUACAUCUCUUCACUUCGUGACCUCGGUGCCCUAGGAAGGCACUACAUCUCUUUACCUCGUGACUUCGGUGCCUUAGGAAGGCACACUACAUCUCGGAUUCAGUACAACCUUGCAGGUAUUGCGAGGAUAUCUUGAGCAACUUAUCAGCUGAACAAGUAAGGUUAUAUUGUUAUCUCUGAUAAUCUUUAAUUAUGUCCACAAUGGAAGAAAUUUUAGCUACCCAACAACAGUUGGUGGACGCAUUGGAUAAGCUUUAUAUCAACUUUAAGAAGGAUGGAGCGGAGCGAAAGACUCCCGAUUAUAUACGUCGUCGUUUAGAAACGUUAGAACAAUAUUUUACAGAUAUUCAUAACAACCAUAUGACACUUUUAUCUUUUAGUGAUCAGUCUCAUGAAUAUUUUACUUUUAAUAAAUACGAGCAGAUUAAGAAAAAAUAUGGUAAUAUUAAGACAACCUUAAUAAAUUAUAAGCCUUUGGCAAGCAUUACAAAAUCCCCUGAAUUACAACCUCCAACGUUUCAAGUCCCGUCUACCUCUAACGCAUCGACCUCUAAUGAAUCUCAGGAAAUAUCUCUCAAAAAUAACUCUAAUAUGAGUAAAACAGAAGAGCUCAUGAGAAAACAAACUACAAAUUUUAAAGCUUUUCUGAGAACUGCCUCGAGUAUAGAACUUGAACUUAUCUCGGAAAAGUGGGAGUUAGAAGACAUCCUAAAGACCUUGCAAGUCCGUUGGACUGCGAUUGAUAGUUUACAUUGGGAGUUGGACAAUGAACUUUGUGGUUCCAACCGAGAAUAUGAAGAUCAAUUUACAAAUUACGAAAAAUAUUACAUUAAAGUUAAGAAGGAUAUCAAUAAAAAGAUGUGGUCGGUAUCACACAUUGAGAAAACAACCCCUAAAAUGGAGUUACCAACCUUCGAGGGAAACUAUAACCAAUGGGUCUCCUUCAAAGAUCUUUUUACGGAAACUAUUCAUAGUAACCCAUCUCUUUCAAAUGCGCAGAAAUUACAAUUUCUUAAAAGUAAGGUUAAGGGUGAACCUGAGAAGUUGAUUCAACAUCUCCAGGUAAGCUCAGAUAAUUAUCUCAUUAGCUGGAAUAUUCUCAGUCAUCGCUAUGAUAAUAAGCGCCUAAUCUUUACAUCUCACCUUAACAAUCUCUUAAAUAUUCCUAAUAUUCAAUACCAGUCGUAUAAUCAUAUCAAACGCAUUCACGAUGUUACAAACGAGAGUAUAAAUGCGAUAGAAAAUCUUGGAAUUAACGUUUCUUCCUGGGAUCCCUUCCUUGUAUGUAUAUUGUCUCAGAAGUUAGACGCAGACACGUACAAUGAAUAUAUACAGUCUUUGAAAUCGCCGAGAGAAUUACCCGUAUUACAAGAUUUUUUGCAGUUUUUGGUUUCCGAUUGCGCAACAAACGCAGUUGGGAUGGAUAAUAACCGGUAAUUAUAAAACCUAUCAGUGUAAUAUAAUCCUUAAUAACGAUAUCCAAAGGUUUUGGGAAGUGGAAGAUAUUCAUGAACCCUUAAAUAUGUCACAGGAAGAUCAAAAUUGUAUAGAGUUUUUUCAGAAUACAACCUCAAGACGUGACGACGGCAGUUACGUUGUAAAAUUACCUUUUAAAGAAAAUCUCGAGGAAAAAUUGGGCGAAUCGAAGUCAAAGUCUAUCGCUCAAUUUAUUCAAUUGGAAAAUAAACUUAUUAAAAAACCUUAUUUAGCUCGUGAUUAUAAAUUAUUUAUAUCGGAGUACAGAGAGCUCGGACACAUGAUACCCGUUGUGUCACGCGCCGCCGUAGAGUCGGGUUGCUACUUAUCGCACCAUUGUGUACAACGAGCGGAAUCAUCAACUACGAAAUUGCGAGUUGUUUUUAAUGCCUCUUCGAAAACUUCGAGUGGAUUUAGCCUUAAUGAUCUUAUGUGUAGGGGGCCAAAUCUACAACAAGACCUUCAAACACUAAUCUUAAAAUGGCGACAAUUUAAAUAUGGUUUUACAGCCGACAUAGAGAAAAUGUUUCGCAAUAUUUGGCUUCAUUCAGAACAUCAAAAAUACCAGAAGAUUAUUUGGAGAGAUGAUCAAUCCCAACCCUUAGGUGAAUUUCAACUAGCCACUGUAACUUAUGGAACUAAGGCCGCACCUUUCUUGGCCAUGAUGAUCCUGAAAAGACUUGCAAUCGAUGAACGAUCAAAUUAUCCUUACAGUAUCGCACCCGAUGUGUUAGAAAGCUCAUUUUACAUGGACGAUCUGUUGCAUGGUACUCACUCUGCACAAACAGCUAUAGAGCUGAAGAACGAUUUAAUUAAACUACUCAAAUCUGGAGGUUUCAAUCUUAGAAAAUGGCGCUCAAACUUACCUCUCCUUUUAGAAGACAUGAACGAUUCCGAGAAAGAAUUCGACUUUAAGCACCAGGAGUCAACUAAAACUUUAGGCCUUCGUUGGAAUCCCAAUACCGACGAAUUUAUCUUUUAUCCUAUUAAUUAUAUCCCAAAUAUUACCCCUACUAAGCGACAAUUAUUGUCCGAAAUCUCAAAACUUUAUGACCCCUUGGGCUGGCUGGCACCAGUCACUACAAAACUUAAAAUUUUAUUUCAAGAAACUUGGAAGUCUGAUCUAGGAUGGGAUCAGCCGAUACCUCAUAAAUUAGUCUUAGAAUGGACUAAAAUAAAAUUCGACAUAUCCUAUAUAUCGCAAUUUAAAAUACAUCGAUGGUUACAAACACAGGAAAGUGACAUAGUGGAGCUCCAUGGUUUUUGCGAUGCUAGUACAAAAGCUUACGCAUGUGUUGUUUAUUGUAGAAUACGAAGAAAAGAUACAACACAUGUCACCAUUGUAGCGGCAAAAUCCAAAGUAGUUCCUAUAAAAAAGACCUUAUCCAUACCCCGUUUGGAACUUUGCGGAGCUUUGUUGUUAGCUAAAUUAAUGAAAAAUAUUGUCGAAUCCCUAUCUAAUUUCAGAGUGCAUGUUUACGGUUGGGUCGAUUCUAUGGCAGUCCUAGGAUGGAUAAAUGGCGAACCCGAAAAAUGGAAACCCUUUGUUGCAAACCGUGUCAGAAUGAUUUGUGAAAUAAUCCCAAAAAAUAUGUGGAGAUAUAUUAAUUCCUCGGAAAACCCGGCUGAUUGUGCAAGUCGUGGGUCGACAGCUCUUCACUUGACAAGUCUUUCGCUUUGGUGGCACGGGCCUGAAUGGUUAUCUCAAUGUAAUCUCAAAGAGCAUUCUGAAAAGCUUACAUAUACUACAGAUAUAGAUCUGAAAAAUAAAAACCUGGUUAAUACAAUAACCACCAAUCCCAAUUAUAUAAUACAACAGUUAUUGGAUAAAUAUAGCUCUUUUAGAAAACUUAUAAGAAUUUUAGCCUAUAUUAUAAAAUUUAUCGACAAGAUUAUUUAUAAAAAAACGUUUGAAAAUAAGUAUCUUAGUUUUAAAGAUUUGAGUAAUGCGAGAGAAAUGAUAAUUAGAUAUGUUCAGAAAGAAUAUUUUUUUCAGGAAAUAUCUGAACUUUCAGUCGCUAAGGUUUUAAAUAAAAAGAGUCAAAUACUAAAUCUUAACCCCGUUUUAGACUCAACUGGAUUGCUCCGAGUCGGUGGACGGCUAAAAAACUCAAACAUCGAUCCUGAAAUGAAAUAUCCUAUAAUUAUUCCAUCACAAUCGAAGUUAGCUGAGCUUAUUAUAGACGAAGCCCACGAACUUGUAUUUCAUGGUGGGGCAAAACUUACCGCAGGUUUUAUACGGCAAAAAUACUGGAUCCUUAGAGGAAAUAGUGCUGUCAAAAAGAGAUUACGAUCAUGUGUAAAAUGUAAAAAAGUUGAUCCUACAUUACAACAUCAACUUAUGGGCGAUUUACCCCCUUCUCGAGUUACACCUAGCCGACCUUUUCAUAGUACGGGGAUUGAUUUUACGGGACAUGUUUUAGUCAAGGCAAAUAAAGGCCGUGGAAUCAAAACAACAAAAGGAUACGUAGCAGUCUU